AUGGAAAUGGAUUCCACUCCCUCGAACGGAAACAACACUGCCACCGGAACUCAAAUCGAAGCCACCGCCGCCGUCAACCCUACGCCUGCUCCCUCCUCCAACCUCCCCCGACUCACGGAGUCUCUCAAGCUCGAGCAUCAGUUCCUCAGAGUCCCUUUCGAGCACUUCAAGAAAACCCUCCGAACCAACAACCGCGUCGUCGAGAAGGAGAUGUCCGCCGUUAUCUCCAGCGUCAACGAUGCCGCCUCUAACGACCUGUCCUCCGCCGACGCCGUCAAUCACCUUAGCUCUCUCGUCUCCCGCCUCCAAGGACUCAAACGAAAAUUGGAAGAAGGAAAUCGAGCUGAGCAUUUGCAAGCGCAGAAGUGUCGUGCACGUCUCGAACAUUUGGAAUCUGCAGAUGCAGAAAAAAUGUCAGAAUGGAAUAACACUCGCUUGAAGCGGAUUCUUGUUGAUUACAUGUUGAGAAUGUCAUAUUACGAUACUGCAGAGAGACUGGCUGAAUGCAGCAACUUGCAGGAGCUAGUUGAUAUUGAUGUGUUCCAAGAAGCAAAAAAGGUUAUUGAUGCUUUGCAAAGUAAGGAUGCUGCACCUGCCCUAGCAUGGUGUGCUGAAAACAAAUCAAGACUGAAGAAAUCUAAGAGCAAAUUGGAGUUCCAGUUGAGACUUCAAGAGUUCAUAGAAAUGGUAAGAGCUGAAAACAAUUUAAGAGCCAUCGCAUAUGCUAAGAAGUAUCUUGCACCAUGGGGAGCCACCCACAUGAAAGAACUGCAGCGGGUCCUUGCAACACUAGCUUUUAAAAGAGAUACCGGAUGUGCCACAUAUAAGGUCUUGUUUGAAGCUAAGCAAUGGGAUUAUCUAGUAGACCAAUUCAAACAGGAGUUCUGCAAGUUAUAUGGCAUGACUUUAGAGCCGUUGCUCAAUAUCUACCUGCAAGCUGGCCUUUCGGCUCUCAAAACUCCAUAUUGUUACGAGGAUGAUUGCACAAAAGAAGACCCUCUAUCACAGGAAGCUUUUCGCAAACUAGCCUUGCCAUUACCAUUUUCUAAGCAGCAUCACUCAAAACUUGUUUGCUACAUAACAAAGGAGCUAAUGGACACGGAGAACCCACCACAAGUCCUGCCCAAUGGAUAUGUUUAUAACACCAAGGCUCUUGAAGAGAUGGCUAAGAAGAAUAACGAUACUAUCAUCUGCCCAAGGUCAGUGGUUUUACUUUUGGGAUCGGUUUCUGGGUAUGAAUUUUUCACGUUGGCAAUGGUCUGGUCACCAACCUUCUGCUACCACCGAAGGUAUGGCUGCAGAAUCCCUCCCAUUGAGGAUGAUUUCAACCUACACGAAUUUUGGCCUUCCACAGUUCUUAAUCCUCAGCCAGAAUUUUGCCGAAUCUCAGAUUCUUAUGGGUUCUAUUUGGAGUCUGGUCGGGUUAAGGCCUUUAUUGAUACUCCCAAAAAACUUUAUUUUCCAUCGUAUAAGAUGGCCACAAAAUCUUCAGUUGUUUCCAGACAUCCGGGUGAAUCUAAUAAAAGAAUAAUCAGAUACUUAAUAAAAGAAAACAAAUUAGGUUUAUACAUUACUUAA